UCGGUCCCUCUCUCUCCCUCCUCUGUGUGUUGACGGCUGACUGGCCGUGCUGGGCUGCCCUUGCGAGGUCGAGCACAGCUCACCGAGAGCAGCAGCAGCAGCAUUCAUUAGGAUCUGAUGGAACUGCAGCCUGACAGGAACAGUGAUGGGAACCCUGGAUAGGCGGGGGCCACUAGAGACACACAACUCUUCCCUGUGAUGGCCAUCUUUGCUGAUCUCGACCGGACUGUAGCGGCGAUUUUGUUUUUGGAGGAUAUAUCGUUUGACCAACAGUCAGCCGCACACCACACACAUAGCGUUCAAGCAUGACCAACGGAAGGGUCAAGGUGCUCCAACGUUCUCCUCCUCAAUUUCUUUUCUGUCUGCCUCUGAGCCCUGCAUUGAUUUUUUUUUUUACUGUUCAAUUGAUUGAGCCCUAGCUAUGUGAGUGAGGGAGAGGAUUGAGCUGUUUGCUAAAGAAGAUUACCUGACAAGGCCAGACCUUUCUCCAGUUACUCGCUCAUCUAUACAAACUGUGUGUGAUUGUGUGUGUGUGUGUGUGCGUGUGAGUGUGUGUGUGUGUGUGUGUCUGGCACCGCACAAACCAAGUCAGCCUCCUGGGGCAGGACAAGGCCAACCUCUACAACAAUGAACCAGUCGGGGCUUGUCGAACUGGCGCCCACUGAAAACGGCAGCAUUGUCCGAGCCGUCGGUAUCAGGCUGAACCACUCGUGUCCGUUGGGAUGGGGUCUGCCCGGGGGCGCAGAGGCCUGCGUGUUGGAAACGGCCGUCAUCGUGCUGCUGACCGUUCUCAUCAUCGCCGGCAACCUCACGGUCAUCUUCGUGUUCCACUGCGCGCCGCUGCUGCACCACUACACCACGAGCUACUUCAUCCAGACCAUGGCCUACGCCGACCUGCUGGUGGGCCUGAGCUGCCUGGUGCCCACCCUCUCCCUGCUGCACCACCCCACCGGCGUCCAGGAGCCCCUCACCUGCCAGGUGUUCAGCUACGUCAUCUCGGUGCUCAAGAGCGUCUCCAUGGCGUGCCUGGCGGGCAUCAGCGUGGACCGCUACCUGGCCAUCACCAAGCCGCUGUCCUACAACCAGCUGGUGACGCCGUGCCGUCUCCGCGGCUGCAUCGCGCUCAUCUGGCUGUACUCCUGCGCCGUGUUCCUGCCCUCCUUCUUCGGCUGGGGCAAGCCGGGCUACCACGGCGACAUCUUCGAGUGGUGCGCGCAGGCGUGGCCCACCUCCGCGCUCUUCACGGGGUUCGUGGUGUGCCUCCUGUACGCGCCCGCCGCCCUGGUGGUCUGCUUCACCUACUUCCACAUCUUCCGCAUCUGCCAGCAGCACAACCGGGAGAUCAACGAGCGGCGCGCACGCUUCCCCAGCCAGGAGAUGGAGGCGGGCGGGGAGGGCGGAGACGGCGGGGGCAGGGGGCACCACGCGGGGCACGGGCCGGACCGACGCUACGCCAUGGUGCUCUUCAGGAUCACGAGCGUCUUCUACGCGCUCUGGCUGCCCUACAUCAUCUACUUUCUCCUGGAGAGCUCGCACGUGCUGGACAGCCCGGCGCUCUCCUUUAUCACCACCUGGCUCGCCAUCAGCAACAGCUUCUGUAACUGCGUCAUCUAUAGCCUCUCCAACAGCGUGUUCCGACUGGGCAUGCGUCGCUUGUCACAAACGCUGUGCUCCUUUAGCCGCUGCGCUGACGACGGAAAGGACUUUGGAGAACCCAAGCCUAGGAAGAGAGCCAACUCCUGCUCCAUCUGAGAGGCCUUGGGAUCUGUACAGUAGGAAUAUGGAACAAUCCCCCAAAUACAGGAGUCUUUAAAGUUAAAGAGGGUGGUUAAUGUUAUGGUCAUUACAGCUGCUCCAAAGAAGUUGAGUUCAUGCUCUGAAGGAUGUGUGGGAAAUUGUCUGUAUCUACAAAAUCCACACCUGGUCUUAACUCAAUGGUUUUGUAUGAAGCACAUUUUGUUGUUAGUGAUGUCAAGAGAAAAAAAAAGCGAAGCCACACGCAUGGGACAAAAUGACCUUUUUUCUGCUCUACAGAAGCAAGUGACCAUGACUAGUUGGACAAGUGAUGAUUUCAGUCUCUACAGUACACAGGAUGCUAGAAAUAAAAACAAGGCAAGCACUUUGGCUCAGGCCCAAACAAACAAAUAUAUAUAUUUAUAUAUAUAUAUAUAUAUAUAUAUAAACCUUUAGCUCUUUGACAAUUUCUGUCACAAAGUUGAUGCCACAGGUAGGAU